UUGUUGUUGGCGGUUCUCCGAUUCGAGCAGGGUUCGACCAGUGGUGAGAGAUUUAUUUGAAGAAAAUCCCCAACUGGACGCAAACCACGACUGAAGACGAGGGAACAGCAACAAGUGAACCAGCCCGAGGACUGAGAGCACCGACUGGAGAGAACCCAUCUGACUCGCAGAUUCCAGUGAUUCAGUCAGGAGAAAGUUUGGUUAAAAAUGAGAAGGAAUUUGUCUCCAGGAAUCUCAAACUUGGUACGCCAGUUUUGCUGUCUCUGUCUAGAUAUUUAAGAAGUGGAGCAAGAGAUUCAAUCAACCAUCCUUCCAGCUCAGACUGUGGGGAGGGAUUCACUCGUGCAUUUGACGAACUUGCAUGCCCGUCAUUUUACACAGGAGAAAGGCCGUUCACCCGCUCAGACAGUGGGAAUGGAUUCACUUGCUUAUCACAAUUGAAUGUACAUCAGCAAGCUCACACAGGGCAAGGCCAAUCACCUGUUCUGUGUGUCAGAAGGGAUUCAGUCGGUCUUCCCACCUGUGGUCAUACCAGUCAGUUCACACUGGGCAGAGGCUGGUCAUCUGCUGAAUUUGUGGGGAAAGGUUCACUCGGUCAUCUGAUCUAAUGGCUCACCAGCGAGUUCACAUGAGGGAGCAGCCGUUCACCUGCUCAGACUGUGGGAAGAGAUUCACUCACUCUUCCACCUUGUGGAAACACCAGCGAGUUCACACUGGGGAGAAGCCGUACAUCUGCUCAAUCUGUGGGAAGAGAUUCACUGAGUCAUCCACCCUACUGGUACAUCAGCGAGUUCACACUGGGGAGAAGCCAUUCACCUGCUCAGUCUGUGGGAAGAGAUUCACUCAGUUAACCCACCUACAGAGUCAUCAGCGAGUUCACACUGGGGAGAGGCCAUUCACCUGCUCAGAAUGUGGAAAAGGAUUCACUGAGUUAUCCAGCCUACAGAGACAUCAGCGAGUUCACACUGGGGAGAAGCCGUUCACCUGCUCAGAAUGUGGGAAGAGAUUCACUCAGUCAUCCACCCUACAGAGUCACCAGCGAGUUCACACUGGGGAGAGGCCGUUCAACUGCUCAGAAUGUGGGAAGAGAUUCACUCGCUCUUCCAGCCUACAGAGACAUCGGCAAGUUCACUCCGGGGAGAAGCCGUUCAUCUGCUGAGAAUGUGGGACAGGAUUCACUUAGUCAUCCCAACUGCUGGUACACCAGUCGGAUCACAAUGAGGAGUGGCCAUUCUUAUGAAUCUCUAGGUUUCGUUUGCUGUGGACUAUCAUUUUAUGAGAGAGAAAUGAAGAAGAUGAAUCAGUCUGACUUGCAGCUAUUUUACAUUGCUCGCAGCUUGUUUAGUUUAACCGAGGACAUAGACACUCAGAGUCAGAUGGGGAUGAAGGAGGAAAAAUGGAAGGAUCGAACCCAGGGAACUAGUGGACAAGGGUCACUGUUUGGAAUUUUUCUAUGCCCACAAUGGUGGGUUAAUUAUCAAUUCAGCAUACAUCGAAUGUGUGGUUGUUACCUUGUUUGAUCCAUAGGAGUGGAUCUGUUUUGGGGUAUCCUGUGAAGACCACUGAUGUGUUAACCCUUGCCUAGAUGUGGUGUGGUAAUUCACUUGACUAUACCUCUUGUGACAAGUCACUUUCGGUGAUAAUUCAUAUGUGGAUUUGGAAUGAUGACAGAUAAAAUCUACAGCAACUAUUCUCUCAUUUUACAACCAUGGAACCUGUGGAAUUCAACAUAAUUGCCUUCUCUCGACAUUUACCCUAGAUUACAAAUAUCUCUCUCUCAUCACCUAUUCUGUGGAUGAAUUGAACAUUCAUACUUUACCAUCUCAAGACUCCAAGCCUUGUUUCCCCCGAGAAUAGUUUGGGAGCUAUAUUUACACACAUGCCACUUAACUUUUGUUUAUCUUCCUUAAGUUAUUGUAUAAGUAGAUUCUAUUAAAGAUUGUUUUAACAUCAAAAACAGACUCCAGGUGUAGUCCAUUGCUGCUGGUUCAUUUCUAAAGCAUAACAAUUCAGAGUAAAAUUGGGGCCUGCAACGGGAAUAUGAACAGAUUUGGGGGUGUAUUGAUUAGUUAUCGAUUUCAUUGGGGAAAUUCCUUUUGAUUUAUUUGUGUGUGGAAAAUCAGCAGCAAUGGAUGUUGAUAGAUGUCAGGAAGCACUAGCCUCUGAGGCAUUAGAGGACGCCGGUAGGAUUGAGUUGUUGAGUCUUGCUAGAAGGUUAAAACUUGCUAAGGUGAAAUCGACAAUGAGGAGGGCUCAGAUGCAGAGGAUAAUAGCUGAACAUUAUGUAUCUGAGGGAGUGUUUAAAGUGGCAGAGUUGGAGUUUUUUCCUGAAAGUAAACCUCGUGAGCUUGAGCUCCAGUAGAAGUGAGAAAAAUUAAAGAUGGAGGCUGCGGAAAGGCAGUGGGAGCUUGAGACUAGACAGACAGAAAAACAGGGAGGAAGCAGAAAGACCGGCUGUUUGAGUUGGAAAAGAUAGAGAGAUUGCAGAAAAGGGGUCUAGCGUUAGACUCUAGUGUUAAGUUGAGGCCAGUCAAGAAGUUAAAUUGGUUCCUCCAUUUGACGAGGUAGAGGUUGAUAAAUACUUUCGGCUUUUUGAGAAGUUUGCUCAGAGUUUAAAAUGGCCAAGAGAGGGUUGGCAUAUUCUCUUACAAAGUAUAAUUCAGGGGAAUGCUUAGCAAGCCGAUUCUGCUUUGACAGUUGAUGAAGCAGCUGAUUAUAGAACAUAGAAUAGUACAGAACAAUACAGGCCCUUUGGCCCACAAUGUUGUGCCAACCCUUAAGCCCUGCCUCCCAUAUAUCCCCCCACACCUUAAAUUUCUCCAUAUACCUGUCUAGUAGCCUUUUGAAUUUCACUAUAUCUGCUUCCACCACUGACUCAGGCAGUGCAUUCCACACACCAACCACCCUCUGAGUGAAAAAACCUUUCUCUGAUAUCCCCCUUGAACUUCCCACCCCUUACCUUAAAGCUAUGUCCUCUUGUAUUGAGCAGUGGUGCCCUGGGGAAGAGGUGCUGGCUGUCCACUCUAUCUAUGCCUCUUAAUAUCUUGUAUACCUCUAUCAUGUCUCCUUUCAUUCUCCUUCUUUCCAGAGAGUAAAGCCCUAGCUCCCUUAAUCUCUGAUCAUAAUGCAUGCUGACUAAACCAGGCAGUAUCCUGGUAAAUCUCCUCUGUACGCUUUGCAAUGCUUCCACAUACUUCCUAUAGUGAGGCGACCAGAACUGGACACAAUACUCCAAAUGUGGCCUAAUCAGAGUUUUAUAGAGCUGCAUCAUUACAUCGCGUCUCUUAAACUCUAUCCCUCGACAUAUGAAGGCUAACACCCAAUAAGCUUUCUUAACUACCCUAUCUACCUGUGAGGCAACUUUCAGAGAUCUGUGGACAUGUAUCCCAGACACCUCUGCUCCUCCACACUACCAAUUAUCCUGCCAUUUACUUUGUACUUUGCCUUGGAGAUUUCAGCUUCCAAAGUGCACCACCUCACACUUCUGAAGGUAGAAGCAAAAAGUAGUAAGGUGAAAAGUAAAAGUGGCAGGCAGGCAAAUCCGGGGCAAAAAUCAAAAAGGGCCAGUUUUCAACAUAAUUGUAUAAGGGCUAAGAGUGUUUAAAAACAAGGCUGAAGGCAUUGUGGGUCAAUGCAUGGAGCAUUUGUAACAAGGUGAAUGAUUGAAUGUGCAGAUAGUUAUUAAUGAAUAUGAUAUAGUUGGGAUCCCAGAGUCAUGGCUCCAGGGUGACCAAGGAUGCGAGGUCAACAUCCAGGGAUAUUCAAUAUUCAGGAGGGAUAGACAAGAAAGAAAAGGAGGUGGGGUAGCAUUGCUGGUUAGAGAGGAGAUUAAUGCAAUAGAAAGAAAGGAAAUUGGCCUGGAGGAUGUGGAAUCAAUAUCAGUACAGCUGCAUAACACUCCGGGGUAGAAAACGCUGGUGGGAGUUGUGUACAGGCCACAUAACAGUACUAGUGUGGUUUCGGAUGGCAUUAAACAGGAAAUCAGAAAUGCAUGCAACAAAGGUACAACAGUUGUAAUGGGUGAGUUCAUUCUACAUAUAGAUUGGGUGGACCAAGUUGGUAAGGGUGCUGAGGAAGAAGAUUUCUUGGAAUGUAUGCAAAAUGGUUUUCUGAACCAAAAUGUCGAGGAACCAACUCGACAGCAAGCCAUUCUAGACCGGGUAUUAUUGUGUGAUGAGAAAGGGUUAGUUAGCAAUCUUGUCGUGCGAGGCCCCUUGGGUAAGAGUGACCAUAAUAUGGUGGAAUUCUUCAUUGAGAUGGGGAGUGACGUAGUUAAUUCAGAAAAAAAAGUUUCUGAACUUAAAGAAGGGCAACUUUGAAGGUAUGAGAUAGGAAUUAGCUAAGAUAGACUGGCAAAUGAUACUUAAAGGGAUGAUGGUGGAUAUGCAAUGGCAAGCAUUUAAAGAUCGCGUGGAUGAACUACAACAAAUGUUCAUCCCAGUUUGGCAAAAGAAUAAACCAGGGAAGGUAGUGCACCCAUGGCUGACAUCGGAAAUUAGGGAUAGUAUCAAUUCCAAAGAAGAAACAUACAAAUUAGCCAGAAAAGGCAACACACCUGAGGACUGGGAGAAAUUCAGAGUCCAGCAGAGGAGGACAAAGGGAUUAAUUCGGAAAGGGACAAAAGAUUAUGAGAGAAAGCUGGCAGGGAACAUAAAAACUGACUGUAAAAUCUUUUAUAGCCUUUUAAAGAAAACGAUUGGUUGACAAAUGUCAACCCUUACAGUCAGAAACAGGUGAAUUGUUCAUGGGGAACAAGGACAUGGCAGACCAUUUGAAUAACAACUUUGGUUCUGUCUUCACUAAGGAGGACAUAAAUAAUCUUCUGGAAAUAGUAGGGGACCGAGGGUCUAGUUAGAUUGAGGAACUGAGGGAAAUGCAUGUUCGUAGAGAAGUGGUGUUAGGUAAAUUGAAGGGAUUAAAAGCAGAUAACUCCUCAGGGCCAGAUGGCCUGCAUCCCAGAGUGCUUAAGGAAGUAGCCUAAGAAACAGUGGAUGCAUUAGCGAUAAUUUUUCAAAACUCUUUAGAUUCUGGAUUAAUUCCUGAGGAUUGGAGGGUGGCUAAUGUAACCCCACUUCUUACAAAAGGAGGGAGAGAGAAACUGGGGAAUUGUAGAUUGGUUAGCCUGACAUCAGUGGUGGGGACAAUGCUAGACAGUUAUCGAAGAUGUGAAAGCAGCACAUUUGGAAAGAGGUGAAAUCAUCGGAAAAAGUCAGCAUGGAUUUGUGAAAGGUAAAUCAUGUCUGACAAAUCUUAUAGAAGUUUUUGAGGAUGUAACUAGUAGAGUGGAUGGGGAGAUCCAGUGGAUCUGGUAUAUUUGGAUUUUCAAAAGGCUUUUGACAAGGUCCCACACAGUAGAUUAGUGUGCAAACUUACAGCACACGGUAUUGGGGGUAUGGUACAGAUGUGGAUAGAGAAUUGUUUGCCAGACAGGAAGCAAAGUGUGGGAAUAAAUGGGACCAUUUUAUAUUGGCAAGCAGUGACUAGUGGGGUAUUGCAAGGCUCAUUGCUGGGACCCCAGCUGUUUACAAUAUUUAUUAAUGAUUUAGACCAGGGAAUUAAAUGCAGUAUCUCCAAGUUUGUGGAAGACAUGAAGCUGGGAGGCAGUGUUAGCUAUGAGGAGGAUGCAAAGUGGAUGCAGGCUGACUUGGAUAGGUUAGAUGAGUGGGCAGAUUCAUGGCAGAUGCAAAUUAAUGUGGAUAAAUGUGAGGUUCUCCACCUUGGUGGCAAGAGCAGGAAAACAUGGUGGCCAAUUAGGAAAAGGGGAGGUACAACGAGACCUGGGUGUAAUUGUACACCAGUCAUUGAAAGUUGGUAUGCAGGUACAGCAGGCGGUGAAAAAGGCAAAUGGUAUGUUGGCAUUCAUAGCACGAGGAUUCCAGUAUAGGAGCAGGAAUGUUCUACUGCAGUUGUACAAGGCCUUAGUGAGACCACACCUGGAGUAUUGUGUUCAGUUUUGGUCCCCUAAUCUGAGGACAGACACUCUUGCCGUUGAGGGAGUACAAAGAACGUUCAUCAGAUUGAUUCCUGGGAUGGCAGGACUUUCAUAUGAGGAAAGACUAGGCUUAUACUCGCUGGAAUUUAGAAGAUUGAGGGGGAUCUUAUUGAAAUGUAUAAAAUUCUAAAGGGAUUGGACCGGCUAGAUGCAGGAAGAUUGUUCCCGAUGUUGGAGAAGUCUGGAACGAGGGGUCACAGUUUAAAGAGAUAGGGGAAGCAUUUUGGGACCAAGAUGAAGAAAAAGUUCUUCACACAGAGAGUGGAGAAUCUGUGGAAUUCUCCGCCACAGGAAACAGUUGAGGCCAGUUCAUUGGCUAUAUUUAAGAGGGAGUUAGAUAUGGCCCUUGUGGCUAAAGCGACCGGGAGUAUGGAGAGAAAGUAGGUACAGGGUUCUGAGUUGGAUGAUUCGCCAUGACCAUGCUGAAUAGCGGUGCAGGCUCAAAGGGCUGAAUGACCUACCCCUGAACCUAUUUUCUAUGCUUCUAUCAUCCGAACAUCAACUCCCUAAUCAUUCUGCAUCACUUAUUAAUUCUUUUUUUAAUUGAUUAUGGCUUAAUUGAAAUUUGGAGGCAUAUGCAUCCUAGUGAUAGAGAAUACUCUUUUUUUUCCCCUCACAUGUUCAUAAUAAAUAUUCGAGAAUCGACUAUUUUAUAGUCAACCCUCGAUUUAUAUUUAAUGUUCAGAAAUGUGAAUAUGAUGCAAUUGUUGUCUCUGAUCAUACUCCUUUAAACCUAAUAAUUGAACUGAAAGAUGAUGCUUCUACUGGACCACUUUGUUUUCCAGAACAUUGUCAAUGAAGUUCUGAAUUUGUUGAGUUUAUUGAAACUCAGAGUUUUUUUUAUCUUUAAUAAUACAGGAAACGUCUCAAAGUUAGUAAUUUCGGAUACAUUAAAAGACUAUUUAGGUGGUCAGAUUAUUUCAUAUAUAGCUAAGCUGAAGAAACAGACAAGAAUGGAAUUAGAUAAAAUCUCUAAACAAAGAAUUAGAUAACAUCAGUGCUAACUCUCCAAAUGUUGCUUUGUUUAAAAGAAGAGUUAAAUUACAAUCACAGUAUAAUUUAUUACUAACAUAUCCUAUUGAAGGAUAUUUGCUUAAAUUGUAAAGUCAGUUUUAUAUUUUUGGGGAUAAAAAUACUAUGCACUUAGCUUCCCAAUUAAUGGCAGCUGUAGCUAAGACAAAUUUUAAAGAUUCGUAAAAAUAUUGGAGAUAUAUCAUGUAACGAUAAAGACAUCAAUAAUAUUUUUCAGGAUAUUUAUUCUUUUCUUUAUAGAUCUCAACUUUCUGCAGAUUCCUCCAAAGUGAAGGCUUUUUUUUACAUAAGAUUAAAUUUCCUCAAAUUACUGUUGAAGAUCAACAGAUGCCUGAUGCACCAGUUAUUGAGCAUUUAAUUCAGAAAACUAUGUUGUUAAUGCAGUCAGGUCAAGCUCCUGGACUUGAUGUGUAUUUGGUAGGAUUUUACAUAAAAAUUGAAAGGUUACUUUCUCGUUACCUGUUGGAAAUAUUUCAUGAAUCCUUUGAGAAGGGUAGUUUACCUUUUUAUGAAGCUUCUAUUUCUUUAAUCCUUAAGAAAGAUAAAAAUCCUACUGAACGUUCAUCAUAUAGACCUAUUUCGUUAUUAAAUGUGGAUUUGAAAACUCUAAGAUAAUGGCUAACCACUUGGAAAAUAUUUCAACUAAAAUUAUCUCGAUGGAGCCAACAGGCUUUAUUAAAGGUCGUUACUGUUUCUCCAGUGUUCGGAGAUUGAUGAACAUUAUAUAUUCAUCACUAUCUAAGGAACCCCAAUGUGUUAUCUCUUUCGAUGCAGGACAGGCAUUUGAUAGAGUUGAGUGGUCAUAUUUGUUUAAAAUUUUAGGAAAAAAUUGGUUUUGGUAAUAAUUUCAACAGGUGGAUUCAAAUGAUUUAUGAGAAUCCUAUUGCCACAGUUAUUACUAAUAAUUUCAGGUCCUUUUUUUUCCCACUUUCAGUGGCACAAGACAGGGUUUUCCAUUAAGCCCUUCAUUAUUUAAUCUUGUACUGGAGCCUUUGGCCAUAAAACUCCGUGAAGCUAAAAAUAUUCAUGGUAUUUCUAUGAAUUGAACCAUACAUAAGAUUUCUCUUUACACAGAUGAUCUUUUGGUAAAAGAUUUUGGUAAAUUUUCAGGAUAUAAACUUAACUUCAAUAAAAAGGGGAUUGUUUCCAUGAAAUGCCACUGUGUUUAAAUAUAAUGAUAUUCCAUUUAGAAUUGUUCAUUCUUUUAAAUCUUUAGGUAUUAUAAUUACUAAAUAUAUAUCUUUAUAAAGAUAAUGUAGUUCCUUUAAUGGACUCCAUGAAACAACUAUUUUCUGGAUGGAAUCCACUUACUCUUGCUUUAAUAGGUCGUAUCCAUGCCGUGAAAAUGAUGAUUUUACUUAGAUUUUUAUAUAUUUUUCAAAAUAUUCCUAUC